UUUUAAAAUGGCACAAGCAUACCCAAAUUGACCAUUGAUUUGGAAGAAAGAAAUAUGAAAAAUAUUAACUUAGUGAGUGGACGAUUCCAAGACUAGCCUUCUAUAUAUAUAGUUCAUGAUCGUCUCAUAGUUCUUAUACUUACAUGUUAAGCUGCAAAAUGAUGAAUAUGGAGGUUGAAAUAAUUUCCAGAAGCCGCAUUCCACCCUCUUCACCAACGCCACCCCAUCUUCAAACCUAUAAAAUCUCUCUACUCGAUCAAUUUAUCCCAUCUGGCUAUUUCUAUGUCAUUCUUUUCUAUCAAAAUUCCCAAGAACCAAACGUAAUUACAGAAAGAUCGCUGUUGUUAAAGCAAUCCUUAUCUGAAACUUUAUCUCGAUUUUAUCCACUUGCUGGUAAAGUUAAAGACAGAUUUUCCAUUGAUUGUAACGAUGAAGGUGCAUGUUAUAUAGAAGCUACAUCUAAUAUUACUUUAUCUCAGUAUCUCGCUAAACCUGAUCUAGCAUUACUCAGAAAAUUGCUGCCAGAUAUAAUUUGUGAGUAUGAACUUCCUUCUGGAUCUCAUAUUGCUCUGAUUCAAGAAACCACCUUUGCUUGUGGUGGCUUUACCAUUGGUAUAUAUGCUUCUCACAUGUUCUGCGAUGGAGCUAGUUUGUUUUUGUUUCUAAAAGAUUGGGCUGCUACUACAUGCAAAUCACCAACCAAACACCCUUAUUUGGCUGCGGAGGGCAUUUUCCCACCUUAUACAGCAUUUCCAAGUGGAGUGAGCUUCUUUACUACUAUGUAUGCUCCUUUUGUAAAAAAGGGCAAGUAUACACUAAACAGGAUUGUGUUUAACGAAUCCGCUAUUACCAAUCUUAAAGCGAAAGCAAGUUUGAACAAUAUUAAUCCUACCCGCGUUGAGGUAGUAACUGCAUUUCUCAGCAAAUGUCUUAUAGCUUCUUUCAAAAACAAAACAGGUAUCGAUAAACCUCUUGCAAUAUGUCAUGCUGUGAAUUUGAGACGAAAAGCGGAUCCGCCAUUACCAGAAUCUUUGUUAGGGAACAUUAUAAGCUUUGCAGGUGCAGUAUUCACAACGAAGGAGAAGGAGUUGAUUGAAUUAGUGAGUGAACUAAGAGAAGAAAUGAAAAAAGUGGAUAAUGAUUUCUUGAAGAAGAUAAAAAGUGGAGGUGAAGAUGGAUUCUCCAAGUAUUAUGAUGCAAUGAAGAAGGUUAGAAAUUUAUAUACUAACCCAGAAUUUGGCAGUGGAGCAAUGGAGUUUGCUGGGUUUAGUAGCUGGUGUAACUUUGGUAUUUAUGAUACUGACUUUGGCUGGGGAAAGCCAAUAUGGGUAACGUGUCUUGCACCGGAUGAAGAUGAGUCACAUGUCAAUUUCGUUCUUUUGAUGGAUACAAGAACAGAUAGAGGAAUAGAAGCAUGGGUAUUAAUGCAAGAAGAUGAGUUUGAUGUUUUAGAGAAAGAUACAGAGCUUCUUCAAUAUGCUUCCAUUAAUCCAUCUCCAAUUUAUCAGUAAUUAAGUAUUACUCUUUUUAUGUAUUUCUUCUUCUGAAAGUAAUUAAAUUAUGUUUAUCUUGCGAAUAA